GUUAGUAGAGGUCUCCUCUACUAACUAUGAUCCAAUAGACCGCGUUGGUAAUUCAAAAUGGUCGCUGUGAAAACAAACUUGGCAAGGACAACAAAGGUAAUCAUGCACGUCUCAUUUAAGUGGGUUUCCAAUCAUCUUUCCUCAGACUGGAGGUGGUUUCUCUCCAACAUGUUGUGCAUCUAGCGGACGCCCCGUCGUUCAUAUUUUGCGCCUCUAAUCUAUAGCAAAACCUCCGCUUGCCAGCAACCAAAUAACAACUCCGGUCUGGGGAGUUCGGAAAGAGAAAAUUAUUACUUCUUUUGAAUUCCAACUCCCGCCAAGCCCGCCAAAAGUGAAUCGAGCCGCCUCGUAGAUUAAGCAAUACAUGUAGGUCCUCUUUGUUUCUCGAGGACACCAGGAUACAACAUGCUGUAGCCUCAGACAACAAAUUACGAUUCAAGAUAAUCUGCUUUGCGGUUUUGAAAUCAAUUAAUGAGCGAGCUUCUGACUUAUCAAUUCAGAAAUGGUAUCUCUCCCACGUAUCUUGCUCUUUUUAGUUUCCCCUAGACUGAAAACCAUUAGUUAUUGAUCAAUGAUUUCUUUCAAAGCUUCCCAUCUUAAAAAUGGCCACGGAAUCAAAGCACCUUUGCUGUCUUAUAAGCAAAAAUGUAGAAAUCGAAACAGGAUGUAGUUAAUCGAUUUAAACUGAUGUGUACAGAAUGUAUAAGUGAUUUAAAUGAAAGAUACUACGGCUCUGCUCGGGAAAAUGGAAAGAAAGAUGUUCCCUUUCCAGUCAAAUGUUCGAGCGUUCCAUGUGAUUCAUUUGAGCUUAAAUAAAAACGUCAGAUUUGUGAGCCAGUGAUUCUAAGAAUGUUCCUGCGUUCCACUCGAUAUCUGACAGAUGUCCCAUGACGUCAAAAGAGCUUAAAUUUCUCAAAUAACCAAUAUCGGAAUUCUCUGCCUUUUCCCUCGUCUUGUCAAAUCUGUGUUAAAGAUAAUAACGAAGUUCGACGCUUUGAGGAAACGCGAAAUGUUUGCCAUCUGUAAACUAGUUUUGUGCCGCUACACGCAGAGUUCAGACUCCUUGGAGAAGGAAACAUUAAUUGACACCACGCAAACAAAACCACGCAAACGGUCUGAAUGAGACUCAUGUAGGUAUGCUUUGAGCAAAAAUGAAAUUUAAUAGGGCCGGUAUCAGCAAACAAGGAUACUGUCAGGUGAAAACAAAACUCUCUUUUUUUUUUAGAAAAGGAGUACUUCUUCUAACUAUCACAGAGUGUUGAAUGAUACGGUAAAUAGGACAUGUAGUUUGCGAAUCUUUUACAUCAUACCCGUGCUUUUGUCUAGAAAUCAAUCUUAUUAUUAAGACACAUUUCUAUCUUUUCAGUGCAGUUCAGAUUAAAAUGAUUUAAAUGGAAAUUGUAACAAAAAUAUCAUACUUUUAAACAUGCCAACAAUGCCCGCUCUCAAAGGAGUAAAUAAGAAAUUAAGUUUCUUAUUUAGGAAGCAUAAGUUGGUUGCUUUUAAGCACGAGCCUCUAAUAAGCAAAACAGAAUUAUGGGUUCGACCUCAGACGUAAUUUUAUCUGUCGCAUUAUUUCACAAACGCCAUCCUCGCCUGUUCCAGAUCCCUCGUUGCGCCUCUAUCGCGCCAUUUACUAUUUGACAUCGUUUAUUAAUUCGCUGCAUUUUACUAGAAGAACGCCUGGAACAGGCUAGAACUAUUCAGCGACACAAGAUUGUAGCAGUACGUGGUAUGUUUGUCAAUCCAAUCUUCAAAUCUUUAAAUGCCCUGUAGCUACUGCGAUAACACAAUAGCUCACUGUAGAACGAAACGGAAGACCAUCUGUUUGACACCGUAUCAGAGCACUCUUAAUUGUUUUCUCUAGCUUAAUGAAACCUUUCUAAAAACUUUUAACUCUCUAACUUUCAACAAAAGGUAAGUUGCCUCUAGUAAAAUAUUGCAGGUGUAUUUGACCAAAAUGGCAAUCGCCCCCUCAAUUUAUGACGUCAUAUUUCUGCGUGGUACCACUCCACUGAAAUGAGGAACACUUUAUCAAUAAACCUCGUUACGAGAAAAAAAAAAGAAAAACAUCUGGCGGAAAAUAAAUUUUACGGAACAUUAGCGUGUGUUUUUUUUUAUGUAGAUGUCACUACUUUAUAUAACGAGGCAUCUUUUUAUCUUAUUUUUAACUCUCAUCGGUGACUGAUACCUGAUUGCUUUUUCAUCGUCAAUAUUUUCAUGAUCAAUGGAACAUAAGGUAGCUUUCAUUCGUUUGUUUCUGUUACUAUUGUCUUUUUUCUUUCGCUGAAAGAGGAGGAACGUUAUGAGAGUAUAUUACCGUAGACACAAAUUCAAGGUAAGGAAAUGGAUUGAAAGACUUGAAGGGUAUAAAGGAAAUUAAGAUACUUUACGUAGUUCCCAUGGUAUCUAUGUAGUUGUGAUGGACCGAGAAACAUCGAAGAAAAAUUAAAAUGCUUUGCACAGGGAAACUGAGUAGUUUGAGUGAAACUGAAAAUUAAAAGUGAUCAGAAAAAUAGAUUGAUAUGAUCAGUAACUGACUGAGAUCUUUGGCCAGGGCCAAGAGUUUAUCUAUAAUAUCGAUUGACUGUCUCAAAUAGAGAUUCUAGGACUAAGUUUCAAACGUAGAGUUCCCAUGCAAAGAAAAUCAUUCACACAGUAAUCAUAUUUUUUGUAAUCAUUUUAACUUAGUGAAAGAAAGUUCCUAGGAGUGGUGACAGUCUGAAUUAUUCGUUAUAUUUACAGACAUUUGUGAGACCUGUUUUUUAAAAGAAAAAAAAAGGCAUUGAAUUUUCUCGGCUGAAACAGCGACUGGCUGAAUCAACAUUCGUUUCGUUACCAGUGGAACGUUAUUUUACUCACGGUGGUUCUUGUGACAUUUUCUACUGCCAGGUUCAUCAUCUUUUUCAAUUUGAUUAAUGUUUUCAUUUAUUUUGUUACUUUGGAGAUAAAAAGGCUCCAGUGAUUCGAGGAUAGUUCAGGAGACAAAUUUGUUGUGAGGCAACAGAAAUUUACUGACUUCGAGUCUAAUGUAAAAUCUUUAAACUCUCUGACAGUGAAAGUAUGAAUAUUUUAUAACAUCAUUUUUUUUCUUCUCUCGUGUUUUUAUCCUGUUAAGCCAUUUUUAUAUACUUGAUUUUACAACAUGAUCAUAACGGGAAACAAAAUAUCCACAAAAAUUUAAUCAAUCGUGGGAAUGGGAAAGACGCAUGAGAUAAUUUCAAUUGUAUUGUUUUACCCAUAUUAUGAGGGACAGUUUAGUUCCUGUGGAAAGAUGCAAAUACUAGGGGUGUAUCAAGUGAUUGGCUGUACUUGGAGCGUUCACAAGAUUGAAAUUACUUAAUUCUUUAGACCAAACAUUUUCCCGUAACGCAAUUCAUUGAUUUGCUAUUUACCGUUAACUACUAACCACUUCGUUUUGUGAACGAUUUAUAGAACAAAACUCAGAAAAUUGGAUUUGAGAUUGGAGGACCGAGAAACUUACAAAGCAUUUGAACACGUUUGAUUAUUACCAAAUCUCGAUUUUGCUUGGCAAAAUUAUGGGAUUGUCGACGCUAUUAGUCCAGGAAGAAACUCCUAAACAGCAAAAAGUCUCGAUUUUUUAAGAAACGGAGAGCGAAAUAAUCAAGCUUGAAAGUUUGUUCGCUCAGUAACAUCUCAUUUGCGAUUUAGUCCACUUACAUUUAAUUUCAUUCCUUUGUAAAAGCGUUUGUUCGCGUCGAUAGUCAAACAAAAGUUUAAAAGUGACUGAAAACAAUGGAAGGACUUCGAAUAAAAUAGAGGUGUCGAAACGCCAACUGUUUUGAUUUGGAAGAACUCAAAACACUUUUCACCUUAAGCAAAUUAAAACUGCCAAAAAAUAUUAUUUCUGGAUGCAUAUUCAGUGGGAGCACUAAGAAAAAUUGCUGUGAUUCGCUGCUUUGUAAGAUUACGUGCAAGAAAUAGCGUUCAAAAUCGAAAGCUUUUGGCGUCCGCGCAAAGUCAACGCAAAUAUCAAAUGAAAACUGAGCAAUUCUCAGGAGAUUUUUCAUUGUACUUUACGGUUUCCAGAGAAACAAAAGUAUACGUGAUGACCCGAACCUAAUCGUUAAUCAACUUAUGUCUACUUGUGCAAUUUUACUUGCAGCUUGAAAUUGUACAGAUAUCAUCCUUCAGUUAGGGCGACCGACAAGGGGUUAUGACAUGGAAUGGCUCUUCCAGCUGCGCACGUUGUUACGUACCUAACGUGACUGAAGUGUUAUUGGAGUGAAAGAACAAUUUCAAGAAAUUUAGUUUGGCUUUCGCGGCAGAGUUUACCUGGAUAACAAAUGAAGAAAAUGCGAAAGUAUUCUGGAGCAACUGGCUUGAAAACUUUGCCAAUUGUUCCCUCGACGUUUGUGGCGAGGAGUUCGCCGCAUUUUAUGGCCGCACUCAGCGGAAAGACACAAGAUCAUGCACCGAGAAAAAUUUCUACUUACAAAAAGAGUCCCGCAUCGCCAUAUGUCUCGAAGAAGAAAAGCUCGGCGAUGUUUAUUCCAUCGCAUCUUCCAAUGAUUCAUGUAACAGCAAUGGAGGAGGUAGCAGAGGACAGAGACGGUAAAUCAACGUCCCCUCAAAGAAAAGUAUCUUCAAACGGGUCACCUUGCGCUCGUGGGGUGAAAACCACCGACACGAACGAGAAGCAUUCAGUGGUUUCAAAAUCCUCAACUGGGAGACAGCGAAAGAUAUCGAACACCAAGCCAAAAGCGAGCGUUCUGGGAGAAACUCCCCUUGGAAGAGAUCUAAUUUUUCACCGAAAGAUUUCCAAUACAGCAGCUCCAACUGUAAUGAAAGUGGACGAAGCAGAAGAAAAACAAAGACUGCUAACAAAGUAUGCCUUAAAUAACGUUACUCUUUAUAAUGACAACAGAAAGCGGCGAAUUAAAAACACCUAUUUCAGCAGAUAUAAUGUGAAUGGAAACUUGGAGGCUAAUGUCCCGGCAAGACGAAGGACACAGAGCCUUAACUGUGUUGCAAAAGGUGAUCAAGGAAGGGUAAACACAGCAGAUAAGUUCUUUACACCGAGAGUGAUCCAAGAUGAAUCUGCCAAUAGCAUUUUCGGAAGAGUUCGAGCUCAGAGCUUGAAUAUUGUUCCAUGUGGGAGCGAACCUGUGAGAACAAGACCGUCUCAUAACAGAAAUGAAGGAUUGCGAGAAAUCGUGGAGUUAAAAGGACAACGGAGCCCUAUCGAAGACGCAGCAGUUACAGCUGAUAGUGGUCUCCAAGUUGAGCUAGUUACCGACGCAAAUCAAAGGCCUGCUUCCCAAUAUCCGCAAAGAAAAGAUAGUAAUGAGUAUAACAGACUUUCGGUAAAGCGUGACUAUCUACAUACUGCGGCAGCACCUUUGCGGAAAGAUUCGCAAGAUCGAAAUACUUUCUUAACCUUCCCUGAUUUAAGGGCAAAAUCUUGGAUAGAGGGCUGAUACAAAACAAGUCACGUUUUUGAAACAGUGAUCUAUAUGUUGUUCAAGAUCGGCAAAGUUUACGCCAUGUUUUGUUUCGUAAAUAAUGUUGCGUAAUCAGAAACAAAUAUUGAUGCCGAUGAAAAAUAGCUUUAAAUAGGUUUGACGAGAACAGAGUGAGGUAUUCUUUUGUCGCAGUAGCUUGUUAUGUCUCAGCGGGAGUCCAAGAAAAUGUUGUUGCGUUACAAAAUGUAAAAAUUCAAAAAGUUAAACAAAGGUAAAAAGAACAAAACUACUUGUGGCUGUAAGCACUUAUUAAAUUUAUAGCACCUGUAUCUUCCAUUGGUUUAUCAGUUGAGCAAGGUGAACUAAGCAAAUAUUGGGGAACAACAGGAAGCAAAGUACAAAACGUUUUAAAAUAGGUUUAUUGAUUAAGUGGCUCUGGGGCGGGGAGUUAUUCCAGCGAACACAAUACCUUGGAAUGAGAUUAAAGUUUACCAUGUUGGGUACAAAUCUAUUGUAAAACUACUGACCUUAAAUCCAUAAAAAAUAAACUAUUUGAAAGAGUG